CUCUUUUUGGUUCGGUUCCUCGUCUGUUGGAAGCCGACAUUUAGUUUUUUUGGUUAUCAAUUUGUUCCGUUAUACCCUCUUUUUUUUCCUCCCCUCCUUCUUCUUGUCGUUAUUAAAAUCUCAUUUCCCAACCAAGAGCAAAAUAGCAUUAGCUCUCGUCAUCGCUUAAUCAUUGUUCCUACCAACGUACGUUAUCAUUGCUACUCCAAAAACAUUUACACUACUUGUUAUCACCCCAGCAAACUAAAAGCUGGUCUGGUCCAAAGAACGUCAUUAUCAGCCCAUAGUCUGCGACUUGGCCAAGCUUGAAAGACACAUUCUGAAUCGUGAAGAUAAAAAAAAAAGUACCCCAAAGAAAAUCAUGGGAUCAGCCGGACCUGCCAACCCCAAGCUCUUUGAGCCUCUCGCCAUCGCAAAUGGCAAACACGUCUUGAAGCACCGUGUUGUUCACGCUCCCUUGACCAGGAACCGUGGCACGCCGGUCAACAAAAACGAUAGCCGUGAGGAACCCAACCGUCUGUGGCUGGCCAACGACGUCAUCAAGGAGUAUUACACCCAGCGUGCCACCGAUGGCGGUCUCAUUAUUUCCGAGGGCCUGCCGCCUAGUCUCGAGGGCGGCGCAAUGCCCGGCGUCCCAGCCAUCCACCAGGCAGCUCAGGUCGAGUCGUGGAAGCCCGUGACCGAGGCCGUGCACGCCAAGGGUAGCAUCUUCUACGCGCAGCUGUGGCACUCUGGCCGUGCCAUGAUUCCGCAGCACAUCGGCGGGCCCGUGCCGGCUCCCUCGGCCGUGCCCUGGGACGACCCCACCGAGGUGUUCUGGUACCCGCCCGCCCACACCACCGAGCUCUGCAAGUACGUCGACUACCCGCCGAUUGAGAUGACGGUGGAGCACAUCAAGCGCACCAUUGAUGAUUACGUCAAGGCCGCCAAGAACGCCCUCGAGGCCGGCUUCGACGGCAUCGAGGUCCACGGCGGCAACGGCUACCUGCCCGAGCAGUUCCUGAGCUCAAACUCGAACCAGCGCACCGACGACUAUGGCGGCUCUCCCGAGAAGCGCUGCCGCUUCGUCCUCGAGCUGGUGGAGGCCCUCGCCGCCGCCAUCGGCCAGGAGAAUCUCGCCAUCCGCCUGUCGCCCUUUGGUUUGUUCAACCAGGCCCGCGGCACCCAGCGCAAGGAGACUUGGGGUUACCUCUGCCGUGAGCUCAAGGCCCGCCUGCCCAACCUGAGCUACGUGAGCUUCAUCGAGCCAAGGUACGAGCAACUCUUCUCCGAAGAAGACAAGCAAAAGUUCCUCGACGACUGGGGCAUGUCAAACGUCGACCUGUCCAUGUUCAGGGAGAUCUUUGCCGGUACCCCCUUCUUCUCCGCCGGCGGCUUCGACGCCAAGACGGGCAAGGAGGCCGUCGAGAAGGGCACCUACGAUGCCAUUGUCUACGGCAGGUACUUUACCAGCAACCCCGACCUGGUCAGGCGUGUGAAGGAGGAUCUGCCCUUCAACCCAUACAACCGCGAGCGCUUCUACGGUCCUUUUGAGGACCCUACGAUUGGCUACACCGACUUUGCUACUUAUGAUGAGCAGCAGAAGAAAUAAGUGAGAAGAAACAAACGGCGAAAAAAAAAGAGAAAAAAAGAAAAUCAAAUCCAAAUAGGGAAGCUGGGGCUUUUUGGGCUAUUUUCUUUUCCUGUUAUAUCUACUGCUUAUACACCAAAGUUGAGUAUAUAUACACACACCGCGUGCUUUGUACAGUAUAGACGGCAUUGGAUAAGGUAGACAAUAAAGCUCAUGCCUGGCAAAGACGGCGAUGGCGGAACUGAUA